AUGGAAGCUAUUAUCGCCCAGGCCAUCAAAGAUACCACGGUCUCGAGAAAGGCUUCGGUGCCUUGGAAUCUCGAUGAGCCUCAUCCUCAGUCUUACUACGCAUUUGACACAGUAACGUCUUCAUGGAUGCCAAAGUCCCCGUCCACAAUUACAGACCAGAACAAUCAGGGCACUGCCGGUAUUACCAACAUCGCACUCUACACCUGGAAUAUCGACUUCAUGCUGCCCUUCGCCGUCGCCCGUAUGAAGUCAGCUCUCACCUAUCUUGACCGCUUAACAAGCUCUCUCUCAAAGACCACUGCUCCCGUGAUUCACCUUCAGGAAUGUACACCAUCUGAUUUAGCUACCAUCGCUGCUACAAGCUGGGUCAGAGAGCGUUUCCACCUCACUGACUUAAGUCAUACUAACUGGGCUACGACACACUAUGGUACCACUACGCUCGUUGACACUCGUUUACCUAUUACGGCCACUUUUCGCGUGCAUUAUUUGAAAACGCGCAUGGAUCGCGACGCCCUCUUCGUGGAUGUCUCCCUCGGUCCCAAUGGUAUCAAGACCCGCCUCUGCAAUACACAUCUCGAGUCCAUGGCAUUUGAGCCUCCCUUACGGCCACCCCAGAUGAAGCUCGUGGCACGUUAUAUGCACGAGGCGCAUGUGGAUGCUGCGCUGGUCGCGGGGGACUUCAACGCCAUCCAGCCGUUUGAUCGCACACUGCACGUUGACAACAACAAUAACCUCAAGGAUGCGUUCCUGGAGCUAGGGGGGAAGAGGAUACCGAAGAGGGGUUUACUUGGGGACAGCAGGCGUCGACGAAGCUCCGAGAGCAGUUUGGCUGUUCACGAAUGGACAAAGUAUAUUUUUGUGGCCAUGCUGAGUUGA